AUGUCCCGGAUCGAAGCCAACCCCCACAGCGGCGGCCGAGGGAGCCCCGAGUCCGAACCACUGCCGCCGGUCCCUAAAAUCAGAUUCACAAUCAGACCGAAGGCCGAAGUCCAUCGACCAUACGCGAAAAGGAAAAUCCAGCCAAAAGAUCCCCCAGGACGUUUCUUGAUGACUUCUAGUGCCACCCAAGUUAAAAAAUCGAAAUGGGACGAUAUGGAUGAUGACUCGACGCCAACCCACCAGAAAGCUGCAACCUCUUCCAGACCUUCCAAACGGUCGCGUAAAGCAGCUCUUUCGGGUGUCAAUGUCUCUAGAUCAGCAUCACCUUACAAAACAACCCCAUCAAAGAAUCAGUCCAACACCACAUCUUCUGAGAAUCCCCCACCUAUCCAGUCUACGAGCUCUGAUGCCUCACAUUUGAAUCCUUCAUACUUGAAUGGAGGACAAGAAGCAAAGAACACCGGAAUCUCAAUUCUAGGCCGCGCCUCACUUUCAAAGAAGAGCACUCCACUCAAUCGAUCUAAGCAGAUCCGUGAGCUUCACCCUCCAAUUCAAGGAUGUCGUUCCGUUUAUUGUUAUGAAAGACUCAAUCACAUAGAAGAAGGCUCUUAUGGCGUAGUCUUCAGGGCGCGUGACAAGGAAACGGGCGAAAUAGUCGCCCUGAAAAAGAUCAAGAUGGAUCAAGAGAAAAACGGAUUCCCGAUCACUAGUCUUCGAGAAAUUCAUACGUUGAUGAUGGCCCGCCAUGAAAACAUCGUCCACGUUCGAGAGAUCGUUGUUGGAGAUACUUUGACACAAAUCUUUAUCGUCAUGGAUUUUAUUGAACACGAUCUCAAAACUCUCCUGAGUACGAUGCGGUCCCCGUUCCUCGCCUCUGAAGUCAAGACGAUCUUGCUGCAACUCUUGUCUGCAACGGCAUUAUGUCAUAACAACUGGAUCAUACACCGAGAUCUGAAAACGUCCAAUCUGCUCAUGAACAAUCGAGGUCAAAUCAAGGUGGCUGAUUUUGGACUUGCCAGGACCUAUGGUGAUCCGCCGAUGGGAGACAUGACUCAGCUAGUAGUCACGCUAUGGUACAGAGCACCCGAGUUAUUACUUGGAGCUGAAUCGUAUACGACAGCCGUCGACUUGUGGAGCAUUGGAUGCAUUUUUGCUGAGCUUAUCCUACGCGAGCCACUCUUUCCGGGCGCAGGCGAAAUCGACCAGAUCGGAAAGAUCUUCAAAAUCUUGGGACGACCGACCGAAGAAAUUUGGCCUGGAUUGAAACUGUUGCCGAAUGCGUUGAAGUUCGACUUGAAUGCUAUCCAACCAUAUUCAACCCUAAGGCAAAAGUUUCGAUAUGUGACGGAAGCGGGAAUCGAUCUGAUGAACAAAUUACUAACCUAUGAUCCAAUCCAACGGAUCUCGGCUGAUGAGGCCCUCAAGCAUCCUUACUUUAACGAGACUCCACUCCCUAAACACCCCGAUGCAUUCCAGUCCUUCCCUUCAGUUGCUGCGGGAGAAAAGGCCAAAUUUGACUCUCCUUCUGCUCCCCAUCGAGAAGAAGGCCGAGCGCAAAGCAAUCGAUAUGACCUCAUUUUGUAA